AUGCAAUCUAUGUUGUAUCAAUACAUAUAAUCCUUAAAUCCAUAAUAAAAAUAGGUCAAAUAAUUUCACUCCUUAGUAUAAUAAAUCAUCUAUGAAGGUUUCCUGAUAAAUACAAAUUAAUAUCUUAAUGAGCUAUAGUAAUUCAAUAUAUAAAUUGAAAGUUCUACGCUUGUAUUUGCAUGUUGCUUUUUGUUUUCCUAUAUUGUUUCAAUUAAUACAACAACAUAAUUAAAUGCAAUAUUUCUUCUCAUUAAUGUUUUUUAUAUAAUACUCUUAUGUAUACACUCUAAACUAUUUUUAUUGAUUAAAGUCUUUGCUAAGCAAGGAAAAUGUACAUUAGUUUUAUAGACACGAUGA